AGAGAUGGACAACAGGGUGGACAGAAAGAUGGAGAGAGAGAUGGACAACAGGGUGGAGAGAGAGAUGGAGAGAUGGUCCCUCCACCCUCAGAUGAGUGGGCUGUGGGUGCUCGGUGUCGGGCGGUGUGGUCUGAGGACGGCCGGCUGUAUCCGGCCACGGUGCUGUGUCUGGACGGAGAACGCUGCCGAGUCCGUUUCAACGGCUACGGGAACCAGCAGGACAUGGACCUGAGCGCGCUCAGAAGCCCUGACGCUGCUCCUCCAACACAGAGACAAAACUCUCAGGACUGGAAACCCGGCGCUCGCUGUCGGGCCGUGUACGUGGAGGACGGUCUGGUCUACCCGGCUGUGGUUCUGUGGGUCAAAGGUCAGCGCUGCGGCGUUCGCUUCGACGACUACAACAACGAGGAGGAAGUGGACACCGACAGCCUGAUGAACCCCGACGAGCUCCACGGACCGAGCAGAGCCAAGGUGAAAGAGAGAGCCAGUAAUCGGAGGAAAGUGGAGAAAGAAGACGAGAAGAAGAGAGGAAACCAGCAGAGAGACGAAGCAGAGAAACCGGCCAAUCACAGCUUCUCUUUCUUCCCUCCGUUUCCUCCUCCUCCGUCUCCUCGGUCGGCCUCUGGGGAUGCCGUGGCCUUCAUCCCUCCUCCUCCUCCUCCUCCUCCUCUGUGGGCGUUUGGUGGGAAAGAGUCGAGCUCUGCGGCCGUGGACGCCUCCUCCAGCAUGUUGAUGCUGUGGUACAUGUGUGGCUUCCACACCGGCAGCUACAUGGCUCAGCAGGGCUUCCAGUCCAGCUCCAAAGACUGAGAAAGAAGAAACCUCCUUCGUCUUUUAGGUUUUAUUUUUUUGCUUCACAGACCGAGAGAAUUAUGGGACGAGAUGCAGCUGAGAAGAUCCUCUUUUUGUUUCCUUCCAAAGUGCACUUGGACAUUUCAUUUGUAUAUUUUAAGACGUGAUGUUAUGAGUUGUAAGUUGAAUGUUUUCCUGCUGGAGUCUGUCGAUGGUCCAGCAUGGAGAGAGCGUUUGUUUUCAGACACACACAGAGACGUUUGAAUCUUUGUUUGAAUCUUUCUGUUUGAAUCUGUUGUUCUUUUGUUCAGUCGGUGAAUCGCUGAAGAGUUAGACAAUGAAAUGAAAAAUUAUUUUUGUUAUUAAAAACAAAAGGUGAAUAUCUGCA